CUUCGUCUUCGGGUGGUGGAUCAUUCAGAAUUGACUUGCAGCUCCUUUAUUAACGCAGUCAGCAUCCUGCCGUGGCAGCAUCCACUGUCGACUAAACCAUAAAUAUCAAUAAAUCACCUGCUCUCGAAUUCCUCCGUUAUCUCCAAGCUGUCGCUCCUUGGAGUUUCACCGACAUCACUAGUACUACACGGCCGCACCCUCAUCCACCUUUUGGCAUCCUGACGAUGGAGGCCGUUCCCCCUUUACCAUCAGGAGAAACUGGGGAGGGACUCCCUACAGCCGCUCCUCAAAAUGCGCUUCUUGAGUUUUUCUUCCCUGGCUUCGGAACAUUCGCUUUGGCCGUCAACAAAUAUCUGCAUAUCGAUCUGAAUGUGUACAUCCCCGUGGUCCUGCUCUUGAGCGCUCUCACCUUCGCAUGGCGCUACUUCAGCGAGUACUUCUCAGGCCUGGUGGAAUCGCAUCUGAUGUCUGUCGUCGACAUCCGGCCAGACGAUGAGAUCUACAAUAUGCUCAUGGCCUGGGUGGCUAACCAGCGCUUUUCCCAAGGGGCGCGCCGCUUCGUGGUGAACACCAAUCUAAAUUCCCGGUCGUGGUACUUAUGGCGGUGGGAUGAUGAUGAGGAGGCUGAGGAAGAAGAGCAGGCGGUUGACAGCCGGAAGAAGAAGGCUCUAGCUUACACCCCGACUUUCGGUAGCCACUGGUUCCUGUACAAGGGCCGCAUCCUCAUUUUUCGGCGGACGCAAAACACCCAGCAGUCGGCCUUCCUGACCGUGAGCGAGCGCGAGGAGAUCAGCAUCUCAUGCUUUGGCCGGAAUCCGUGGAUCCUCAAGGAGCUUCUGCACCAAGCCCGAGAGGAAUAUAUGAAGCGCGACGAGGCGAAGACGCUCAUUUACCGGGGCACAACCAAGAGCGGAAGCAGUGAGCCUCAGUGGCAGCGCUGCAUGGCGCGGACUUCGCGGCCCUUCUCUACCGUGAUCCUGAACGAGAAGGUCAAGCAGGAGCUGAUCGACGAUGUGACCGACUACCUGAAUCCGGCCACACGCCGGUGGUACUCGAACCGCGGCAUCCCCUAUCGUCGCGGUUACCUGCUCUACGGGCCCCCAGGUACGGGCAAGUCCUCGCUCAGUCUCGCGCUUGCGGGCUUCUUCAAGAUGCGCAUCUACAUCGUCAGCCUCAGCUCCGUCACUGCCAACGAGGAGAACCUGGCCACGCUGUUUGCCGAGCUGCCGCGCCGCUGUGUCGUUCUGCUGGAGGACAUCGACACAGCGGGCCUGACUCACACCCGGGAAGAUGGAAACCAGGGCGGUGACAACGGCAAUGACAACGACAACGAAACGAACAGCACGAACACCACGCGCAACUCCCGCCUGCCCCCAGGAGCCACCCCCAACCCGAACCCCAACAAUAACAGCGGCCGUCUCUCGCUUUCGGGUCUCCUGAACAUCCUCGACGGAGUCGCAUCUCAAGAAGGCCGCGUGCUGAUCAUGACGACUAACCACAUCGACAAGCUCGACAAGGCACUCAUCCGUCCGGGACGAGUGGACAUGAUCGUCAAGUUCGACCGUGCCGACACCGAGAUGAUCGCCUCGCUGUUCAAAGCCAUCUACGCGCCCCUCGAAGGGGACGACGCUCCCUCCCCAUCCUCGGCUCCUCCCGCCUCCUCGUCACGGGCGCUUUUCCAGUUGGAGAACACACUCAAGACCGCCGUUCCAAACCUCACCCCCGAGCAGGAAAAGAAGAAGGAGGCCGAGGCGGCCGAAGCGACUCGAAAAAGGGAAGAGACUGUCGCCAAGGUGAAUGUCUUAGCAGAGCAGUUCGCCGCGAAAAUCCCGGCACACGAAUUCUCGCCGGCUGAGAUACAGGGGUUCUUGCUCAAGAAUAAGAGGCAUCCGGAGAAAGCUAUUGAGGGCGCUGAGCAGUGGGUCAUCAACACGAGGAAGGAGAAGAAGGAGAGGGAACUAAAGGAGGCAGAGGAGAAGAGGAAGCAGGAAGAGGAGGAGAAGAAGAAGGAGGAGGAGGAAGAGAAGAAGAAGAAGGAAGAGGAGGAAAAAGACGAGAAGAAGGGAAAGAAGAACAAGAAGGGGAAGAAGGACUCGCGGAAGAGCAGGAAGUCGUCGUCCAAGAAGAAGAAGGCUGGCAGCGACAGCGAGGAUGGCUCUGGGUCUUCGUCAUCGUCCGACGAUGCCGAGAGCGACUCCGAGUCUGAGAGGGAGAAGGAGAAGGAGAAGGAGACCAAGAAAAGGAGCAAGCCUGCAGCCGCCGCUGCUCUCACCCCUGCCGCUGACACCGCCGCCCCUGCAGAGCUGAAGCAGGCUGACGCGCCCGAAGCCAAGGCGGAUCCUGUCGUCAUCGUCCCUACCAUCACGGUUGACACGGACAAGGCUAGGGAGGCCGCCCUGGGGGCGCAGAAGACGACGCCGGGAGUUGAUUCGGGUUACGGCACCCCGUGAUGGCUACCGGUUAUCGGAUCAUGAUUGCGUAUGCAAGCAGGCGUUUGGUUUCGGGGCUGUGCG